AUGUCAACUCUUCAACCUGUAAACCCAAAGCCUUUUCUCAAUAGCCUUACAGGAAAGCCUAUCGUGUGCAAAUUGAAGUGGGGCAUGGAAUACAAAGGGAUUCUGGUGGCUGUGGACGGGUACAUGAAUCUCCAAAUGGCAAACGCAGAAGAGUACAUCGAUGGAAAUAACACCGGAAAUCUUGGCGAGAUCUUGAUCAGGUGUAACAAUGUGCUUUAUGUUGGAGGUAUUGACGCCGACUCCGACUCAUAA